UACGCUCCCUCAGAUAUUCAAGCCAAAAGUCACGAAAUGAAUCACCCACAUCAAUCUUUUUGCAAAUCCCCCUUUGAAUCAUACUAUACUUCUCAGCACUUCAGCAUUAGUUCAUCGUACUUCCUUCUUGCUAAAGAGAACCCAAAAAUUUUCAAAAUUUAAAAACUAAUAAAUUCUACAACUCAAAAAUACCCAAACCCAGAUCUCAUUUUCUUGCUGUUUACUCAUCUGCAUUCUUCAAAUUCAAGCAAAAAUGGGGUCUCAAGGACCCAAAUCGUCGAAAGCCACAAAACCCACAUCAACAACAGCAACUCAAUCUUCAGCACCAUCAUCUUCUCUUUCCUCACACUUAGCAAUGGUGGAAUUGAAGCAGAAAAUCCUCAUUUCACUCUCUAAGCUCUCAGACAGAGAUACCCACCAGAUCGCCAUUGAAGAGCUUGAAACCACUAUUCAAACCCUCCAAAACGACGCCGUUCCAAUGCUGUUGAACUGUUUAUUUGACUCCUCCUCCUCCGACCAGUCAAAACCCUCCGUCAAGAAGGAGUCAAUCCGCCUCCUUGCAGCCGUUUGUGGGUCCCAUUCCGAUUCAACUGGGACCCACUUGGUGAAGAUCAUUGCGCACAUUGCCAAGCGGCUCAGGGACCCUGAUUCUGGGGUUAGGGAGGCUUGUAAGGAGACAAUUGGGAAUUUGUCUGGGAUUUAUAUGAAGGGGGAGAAUGCCGAAAAUGGAGUGGUUUCUUUGUUCGUGAGGCCUUUGUUUGAGGCGAUGGGGGAGAAUAAUAAAGGGGUUCAAGUUGGGGCUGCCAUGUGCUUGGGGAGAGUGGUGGAUUGCGCCGUCAACCCUCCACUUUCAUCGUUCCAGAAGUUGUGUCCUAGGGUUUGCAAGUACUUGAAUAGCCCUAAUUUCUUUGCUAAGUCUGCUCUUCUGCCUGUUGUUUCCAGCUUGUCGCAGGUAGGAGCUAUUACAUCCCUAAACUUAGACCCUUUGCUGCAAAGCAUUCAUGAUUGCCUUGCUAGCACAGAUUGGGCUACCCGCAAGGCUGCUGCAGAAGCAUUGAUUGCGCUGGCAUUGCAUUCAAGGGACUUGAUUAAAGUUGGAGCAUCCUCUACCUUGACUGCUUUGGAGGCUUGUCGCUUUGACAAGAUAAAGCCUGUGAGAGAGAGCAUGACAGAAGCACUACAUCAUUGGAAGAACCUUGCAGGAAAGUCUGGAGAUGUAGCCUUAGACAAUAGGAAAGGUUCAAAUUAUGUUGCUGAAAAUGACUUGCCAGAUAACGAUAAGCAAAAAAAUAUGACCUCCGAUCAGAGAAAAGACGAGGCUUCUCCACGAGAUUCGGCAAAUAAUGCCACUUUAUCUGAUUCUGUUGGGAAAACAAAGAACGGGAAUUAUUCAGAUAAAGCUGUUGGAAUACUGAAGAAAAAGUUGCCUGCUUUCUCGGAUAAGAAUUUGAAUGCUGAAUUCUUUCAAAAGCUUGAAAAGAGAGGUGCAGAUGAUUUACCAGUAGAAGUUGUUGUUCCACGUAACUGUCUUAAUCCCUCAAACACUAACGGUGAGGAGGCAGAGAUAAACACUGAAGAAAAUGAAGAUAACACUGAUAAAACACCGUCCAACAUAUCCUCCAGACAACGAGAUAACGACGGUCAUAUGCGAGCUAGGUGUGUUGAGGAUGGGGUAAGUGGAAAAGAUUUGAGACCAGGAACAUCUGGCCUUGAAGACAGGGGUGUGAAUUUUUCUAAAGUCGACGGACAAACUGAAGCAUCUCUCAUGAACGGUAAAGGAAAUUGGCUGGCUAUUCAGAGGCAGUUGCUACAAUUAGAGAGACAGCAGGGUCAUCUGAUGAAUAUGUUGCAGGAGUUCAUGGGGGGAUCACACGACAGCAUGGUAACUCUGGAGAAUAGAGUACGGGGUCUGGAGAGGGUGGUUGAAGACAUGGCACAUGAUUUGUCCAUAUCAUCAAGCAGGCGGGUUGGUAACUUUCGGUCUGGUUAUGACGGAUCUUCCAACCGUCCUGGCAGGUAUAAUGGCUACCUUGAUUAUGGUGGGAGGCUUCCAUUCGGUGAUCGAUUUUCUGCCUCGGAAGGAGUGUCUCCAAGCAUGAGGGGUAGGGCGGCACCUUGGAGAUCUGAUCAUCAGGAGCCGUGGGAUUUCCCCUCGUAUGGUGCUUCUAAAAAUGGGCAACCUGGUAUUAGAAGAGAGGCUGGGAGCAAUUCUAUUGAUGGAAGAUCUCCUAGAUCUGAGCAUGAGAACGACCAGGUUGGUGCUCGUAGAGCUUGGGAUAAAGGAACUGGAAAUGUCAGACUUGGUGAAGGCCCCUCUGCAAGAAGUGUUUGGCAGGCAUCAAAGGAUGAGGCUACGCUAGCAGCAAUUCGGGUUGCUGGGGACGACAGUGGAACAGUCCGAGCAACUAGAGUAGCUGUCCGAGAACUGGAGGCAAUGGGCUGUGACAAUAAUGAACCAGAACGUGAUCCUGUUUGGACUUCUUGGAGCAAUGCCAUGGAUGCUGUUCAAGCGGGUGAUAUGGAUACAGCAUAUGCUGAGGUCGUAUCAACAGGAGAUGAUUCCUUGCUUGUGAAGCUCAUGGAUAAAUCUGGUCCUGUGUUUGAUCAACUCUCCAACGAGGUAGCAGUUGAGGUUUUGAAUGCUAUCAUGCCGUUUGUGGCGGAGCAGAACUUAUUUGAUUUAUGUUUGUCUUGGGUUCAACAGUUGCUAGAUUUAGUUGUGGAAAAUGGACCCGAUAUAUUUAGCAUUCCUAUUGAAGUGAAGAGGGACCUUUUGUUUAGUUUGCAUGAUGCUUCUUCUUCCAUAGAGCUUCCAGAGGACUGGGAAGGAGCGAUUCCGGAUCAGCUCAUGCUGCAGUUGGCUUCAGCCUGGGACAUUGAUCUCCAACAGCCUGGGAGCUAGUAGCUGAAUAAGAUGGUAAUUUGCAUAUAAUCAACAUAUGCACAUCUUAUGUGGCCAAUUCUCAAAAUUUAUGUAUGAAGUGUGGUGAAUAUGAGAUGCCAUCAUCUUGCAAAAUCUCACCUUGGCAAGAGGUACCACUAAACCGGAAAUCUUGUGUUUUACUAUCAACCAUUUUUGGCUGAUGAUAUUUUACAUAUGGUCAUAUAAGUAUGCACCUACUGUAUCUUUUACUUCUUACUUUAUUCAUGAUUUGUUUUGGUUUUAAAUGCACAUAUGAUUUCGGUUAUCGUAUAAAUCCGUGAACAGCUUAAUGAUAUAAGGAAUUUUCUUUGAAAACUCUUUCUUGUUGUAA